UCGUCCCUCAUCAUCACACCAUCCAUCUCUCACUCCCUUUCCUCCGAUCCUCUCUAUAACUAGACUAGAGAGGAGCGAUAAGGCAUCUCUCUCACAGCAACAUCUCCCUUUAAUUUCUCUCUCCACCCCGGCCGGCCCUGAGACAAGAAGGCCGCCGCCACAACAUCCAGCGGCCGCCCUGAUCCUUCUUGGUGUUUUGAUAUUGCAGAUUAGCGGAAGGAAAUUAAAGAUCCAUGGACAUGAGCUCCAGCACCACUGCAGCAGCAUCGGCUCCCCACAACCACCAGCAGGAGGCGAUGGUGUCAUCCCCCAAUAUUAAGGAGGAAGCUAGGAGCCCAAAACAGGCAGAGGCCACGCAACAACCAAGUGGCAGUGGGGAGCGUAAGCCACGGCCACAGCUAGCUGAGGCGCUCAGGUGCCCACGCUGCAACUCCAACAACACCAAAUUUUGCUACUACAACAACUACAACACAAUGCAACCACGCUACUUUUGCAAGGGCUGUCGCCGGUAUUGGACACAUGGCGGCACCCUCCGCAAUGUCCCAGUUGGCGGUGGGUGCCGCAAGAACAAGCGUGCCUCUAGAUCUGUCUCAGGCUCUGGUUCCUCUUCGUCCUCGGCUGCCUAUGCACCAUUAUCCCCCGACACCAACACCAGCUCUAGUAAGAUGAGCAUCAACACACAACCGAUGAUGGUGCCUAACAUGAUGAUGCCCACCCCAACAAUGACAGGCUUAUUCCCCAAUGUGCUCCCGACACUUAUGUCGACAGGUGGAGGCAGCCACUUCAACUUCACCAUGGACAACCAACAUGCCUCCAUGCCCUUCACACCAAUGCCACUAUCCAACCAGGCAUCCGUGCCCAUGCUGGCCGCGGGAGGGAGUGGGACAAUGCCAUCUUUCCUAGAGAUGCUGAGAAGAGGGCUUCUUCAUGGUAGCAGUAGCUACGAUGCAGGUCUCGUGAUGAGUGGCGGCAACAAUGAAAUGGACAUGUCAUUCCCACUGCCAGCAUAUGGUGCAAUGCAUGGGCAUGGAUUGAGUGGCUCAACCACUGAUGAUGCCAGGCAGCUGGUGGGGACUCAGCAGGGAAUGAAUACUGAUAGUGGUUUUGCAGGAUCAACUAGAGUGCAGGAGGAGGAGGAAGAGAAGGGGGAUAACAAAGCCAUGGUUAAAAGCAGCAAUAACAACAAUGGUGGGUCAUUGUUGGACCGCUACUGGACCAAGCCCAACAACAACAACAACAACAACAACAACAACAACAACAACAACAACAACAACAACAACAAGGGGCAGCAGGGGUAGUGUGCCAAGCUGUGGAAGUGUUGCUACUGCAAACAAUUUAAAUGGGUACUAGUACCAGUGAAGUUAGGAGAGUCUAGUAGCCUAGGACGCAUGCAUUUUUUUAAUUUAGUUUUGGUUAUGAUGGCAAGUCAUCAUGAACCACCUUUUUUGUUCAUUUGCAUGCUUUGAUGAGUUGCAGUAAUCUAUAUAUCAUUGGACAAUUAAUAAUCAUUUAUUUGGACCAUCA